GAGGGUCUUAGUGUGUGCCAUGAAUACGGUGUGAUUCGGAGCGAAAACGACGGCGACCUUUGAGUAGGCCUCUAUCGAUCGGCUUCGGGAAAAGUGAUGAGUUGUCCCCUUUCCUUUUCGGCGUGGGAGAUAACGCGCGAGAUUCUCUAGAAAUCAUGACUUUCACGCCGGUGAUCAGAGAUCAGCGCGAUCGGUCAACUAGCUGCGAGGUACGUAGCGGUGACACUUCGUAGAUUAACAUGUCAACGUCUCGUACAGCCUGGUUAGUUUGCAAGGCACGUUUGUUACUUGGGCCGCUUGGGCUUCGACUUUCCGAGAACGUUUGUCCAUUGACUUUUUGAUGAUACCGGUGCUCGUUAUAAUCACCAGUUUCGCGAGCGUCAGUGCGAACUGGUCCCCCAAGACUCCUCGCCGAGCGCCUUGACGUCACGCAAAUCACUCGAUCCAGCUCCACCAGACACCAAUCGAUCUGUCGACUGGCAGAAGCGCCGAUUCCGAAGAGCCGAAGAGCCCCGAUAAUCCCACCAUGAUUCGCCAAGUGCCGUGCACUCCGAGAUAAGACGAUCUGUGCGAAACGGAGAGGCUGGCAUCGGCGUGGCGGCGGCGACGACGGCGACGACAACGACGACAACAACGACGGCGACGACAGCCGUGGUGGCUGCGGAGGCGGCGGGUGCAGGCGACGGGUGGACCGUGGAGUGGAGGAGACGGGGAAUCGAUGGAUCUGUAAUGCGUGCAAAGUGCGAUCGGCGUGGACGACGACACGGAUACCCAGAUACCGUAGAUCGGGUCGCGGGCGACGGCGGUGGCGGCGGCGUCGACGGCGGGGCGAUCGGCAGGGACCGGGCGGAAUAGGGGCGAAUGUGUACUUUUCGAGGUUAUCUCUCGGGGGGAGGGGGGAGAGAAUACAUCGGGGCGAAUUGUCGGGGCGAUAUCAACGACAGCGGAGACGUAAUCUUGCCGAGCGCGGAGCGCUCCGGAGAUUAUACGUACAACUGGUGACCGAGUGUGAGAAGAGCGCGGAAAGGACGACGACGGCGACGAUAGAGAGAAGCUGGCUUCUCCGUAGCCGUGCCACCGAGUAUAAAAGCGAGGCGGUCUUACGACGACGACCAAGAGGAAACGAGGCAGGACGUGCGGAGCAGCAGCGGCGCGUUAGCGCGUCGUGUAUGCGUGUCGUCGCCGAGGAAGAAGCGGCAACGCACGCCGGAGGACGGAGGACGCGGAUAGCUAUUGCUAUUUUCGAGCCCGCCAAAUAUCUCACCACGCUGGUGCUGCUGACUGCUGGUCGAGACUGUGCCGGCGCGUUCUCUCGCGCCUCUCUUUCCUCCCGUCCUGUGCUUUUCUUUCUGUAAGGCCGAUUCCUCCUCCCCCCCCCCCCCCUCCUUACGAACCGGCGACCGAUUUCGCACUGGUGACGCAUGGCAUCGACCAAAAGCGCCGCGACGUGUGUGACAGAGAAAUUGGAAGAAUCGAGCACAUUUUACACGCUCUUGUAAGGCAGUAGCCGCUGAAAGAAGAAACCCGAGUUUGAAUUUCGACAUUUCGUCCAUUCACUUCGGCAAUUUGCAGAAAGGACCUGGGCUUGAUCAACGUUAGCAGAGAAUUCAUCUUUACUGAUUGAUUAUUCGAACGUGAGCCCUUUAAGCGGCCAAAAGGUUUUUCCAACGAGGAAGAAUUCCAGCUAGAGUUCGUACUGAAGACGAAGGAGGAAACAACGUCGCUUCGACGCGUAUAUACCUAGAAAAAAAAGCGAGAGGGAAUAAUGGCGGGCGAAGACACGCAGAUCUUGUCGAAUGGCGUGGAUGCGCUCACGCUCAUCGAGUCGUCGAAGAUGACAAACGGAAAUGGGCUGAUCUGCGGCGACAAGCAGCACAACAACAACGGUUCGAUACCAAAUGGGAAGUUGCACGGGGGGAUCGGCGGCACGGAGAACGGCAAUCUAAUCGUGCCGGAUGAGAGGUCGAGCAGUCUUCACACGGAAUUCGACGACGCAGACGUGUCCUGUGGAUGGGGACCAUGCAGGCCCCACUGGCUGCAGUGCUUCGCCACGAAGCAGGCCUUCCUAGUGACCUUCUGUCUCACCUGGGUUCUUCAGGGCAUGUACUACACGUACUUCGUGUCCGUAAUCACGACAAUAGAGAAGCUCUUCCAAAUCCAGUCGAAGACCACGGGCAUUAUUAUGUCCGCAACGGAAAUCGGCCAGAUCGGGUCCUCCUUGUUACUGACGUACUAUGGUGGCCAAGGUCACCGGCCCAAGUGGAUCGCCUGGGGCAUGAUCCUCUUCGCCGUGAGCUCGUUCACCUGCUCGAUGCCCCACUUUAUCUUCGGCGAACAGCUGAUUCGUCAGAACGAGAUGCUGGUCAGCGGGGUCGAUCCCGACGGCCGCAGGCUCAACAGCACGGAUCCGAUCCCGGCGAAUCUCUGCAGGUUCCAGGAAAGGAACAGCACGUUAGACGGAUGGAACAUAUCGACGAGCGCACCACAUACCAAUUCGGCAGAGUACUGCAAGGGCGAGUUUCUAACGGAGCAGAGAAUACAGAGCAAGAUAACCACGGUAGUGCUUGCAAUAUUUUUUGUAUCAUUACUCGGUGUAGGAAUGGGCCAAACAGCUAUAAACACCCUCGGUAUACCGUACAUCGAUGACAACGUCGCCAGCAAAGAGAGUCCCUUGUAUUUCGCGAUCACUAUCGGAGUGCGGAUUCUCGGUCCAGCAUUAGGCUUUAUCCUCGGUUCCUUGUGCACGAUGGUCUACGCGGAUUUGUCGAGAAAUCCGCAGAUUACGCCAUCGGAUCCAAGAUGGGUUGGUGCUUGGUGGCUUGGAUUAGUUUUAAUAUCCGCGUUGCUGAUGCUCGUCAGCAUAGGUAUGUUUGCAUUCCCGACCCGUUUGCCGACAAGCCGAACACCCCCUCGACGGCCAGAUUCUCAAAAGCCCAGCUUGAGAGAUUUUCCCAAUGCCGUAAAAAGGCUGCUGAAGAAUGACAUACUGAUGUUCAGAACCGCAAGUAGCGUGUUACACAUCCUGCCGAUCGCCGGUAUCUACACCUUCCUGCCGAAGUACCUGGAGACCCAAUUUCGCCUACCGGCCCAUCAUGCGAACAUGAUCUCAGGUGUUGGCGGGAUUCUAGUGAUGGGAUUGGGCAUCGUAAUUAGCGGCUUUUUUAUCUUGAGGGUGAAGCCUAAUGCCAGAUUCGUCGCAGCCUGGAUCGCCUUCACCGCGGUCGUUUACGCGAUCGGCAUGGGCGUGCUAAUGUUUAUCGGUUGUCCGAUGGACGACUUUGCCGGGCUCGUGUCACAUCCCGACGGACUUUCCAGCUUCGAGCCGACCUGCGAGGCUACCUGUGACUGUGAUCGGAACAAAUUUAGUCCAAUCUGCGGUGCCGACGGUAAAACAUAUUUCUCCGCUUGCCAUGCCGGUUGUUCGAAUUAUACGGUUGCUGACGGCAAAGUGGCAUCGUUUUACAAUUGUCAAUGCAUCGGACAGAACGUAACGAUAUUAUCGGAAGCAGUAAGCACAGCGUCGAUCGGUUACUGCUCACUGAAGUGCAGUAAUUUUUGGAUCUACAUACUCCUGUUCUCGAUCUUCGUUUUUAUUCACUCAACGAGCGAGGUGGGCUCUAUGUUACUCAUUCUGCGAUGCGUGGAUCCCAGGGACAAAGCUAUGGCACUCGGCUUGAUACAGUUUGCCAUCGGCUUGUUCGGCAAUGUUCCAUGUCCUAUCAUUUAUGGUGCUGUGGUGGAUUCCGCUUGUCUCGUAUGGGAAUACGCUUGCGGUGAGCGAGGCGCCUGUUGGCUUUAUGAUUCGAACAUCUUUAGAAUGUUCUAUCAUGGUACAACGGGCGGCAUCAUUCUGAUGGCCUUCGUGGUGGAUAUAGUCGUUUGGUACAAGGCCGGGAGCAUAAGCUUCGUGGAGAAGCAGGAGGGCGAGACAGGUACCGCGGAGGAAAUGGCGACGUUAAAAUCGCAGGACGUUCAGGCGGUCGAGAACGACUAUUUGUGAAGGUUUCGUAUUACUCUUUUGCGGUGAAGGGCCGCGACGGCGACAUUAUCAUCGUCGUCGUCUAAGGAUGCAACGCAGUGUCGUAGAACACGUGGGAGCAUCAUCCUUCGCGAAUGGUGCCAGUAUACACAGAGCUCGUGAGCUUCCCAGAGUAGCGGCGGCGGCGGCGGCGAAAGAGCACAUCGGAGACUUGCCGGCGGCGAUUACGCGCAUCAGAACGGAAACCUUCCUUCGAGGAAAGUUCCGUUCUGAUGGGCGGGAGAAGUCUAGUCCCUCUUUGUCGACGGCAUCCGAGCGUAAAAGAAGCGGACUUCGCGUGAAUCGCAUGCACACAGGAGGAGGACUGAGGUCGAGGACGACGCAGGGCGGCAUUGAUUCGGUGACUCGGAGGACCGAGGUUAAGACGUGCGAGGAAGGGCCGAGCUUCGGAAACCACGCGAUGCAGAAGUGAUAUCGCUCGGCACCGCGAAGAUACGGAAGAAUGGGGAAAUACCUCUCGCGUCCGAGCGUCGCGACGCGUAAUACAUGAGUCUCUCGAGUGCGCGUCUCUCUCUUGGAAAAAAAGUUAGUAGGGUUUCUCUCUCAGGGAGGCUUGUCAGUAAGUACACGCAAUAAAAGUAAUACUUCCGUGCCUACGAAAAUGACGGUAUAUGCUCGCUUGCGCCGCGGUCCGCCGCGCGGCGACGGAUCCGGGGAAUCGAAUCGAAUCGAAUCAAAGCAGGCACACGACGAGCGGCCUCGCGGGUGGCAGUGAAUGCAGUUCGCAUGGACAGACAGUGAGGGAUUGCCUCGUGCUUUGCACCGGCGUUGAUUAGUAUAUGACGGCGUUUCUCGCCGUGCUCACGCGCGCGCGUGCACGCGUCAUCUAACUCUCCCUAACGGUAACGUACGUUUACCGUGACGCGAGAGGAAGCGCGGGGCAUUUACGUACGUUGUAAAUAUAGUUUGUUUUUUUAUUCAAUGACGAUCUAAUGAGAAUUUUAUUGCAGAAGGGGAUCACAAUCAAAGUUAGUUUUUAAUCAUUGACGAGAAAUGUAAAUCUCUUGCAAAAAUCCUUGCGGAAUUGAAUAUCGUGGAAAUGUGCAGUAAUCAAGAACGAUCGCACAUGUCAAAUAUAAUAGAUGUAUGUUUUAAUUUAAAAGCGUUUGUUUUUAAUUAUUGAGUUUUCGAAAAAGUCGAAUCACCCUCAACGGUUACGAUGCUACGAAGUGGCGUAUAAUGGUCUUUAUUUUGAGAAAUAAUUGCUAUUGUUUCUAAAUAAAUUUGAAUAUGAAAAAUCGUUUCUUGGGGAGAGAUUUACAACUUUUUUGACAACGCAAUUUAUUUAUUAAAAAGACGUUUCUUCGAUCUAUAGAUUGAAUUCUUUAUAUUUAAAAUCUCGAUGGAAUCGCAACACAUUUUAUUACAAAUCUGUUAAUAGCAAAAUGGAUAUUAGAAAGUCGACAAAAAGUUGUGGCGAUCCAGUCUGAAGUUUGAAGAAAGAAAUGCAUGUCGAUAUGCCCCGGAUUUCCUUCUCGAAAAUAGCUGUUACUCAAUCGCGCGUUACACACAUACACACACGUUCGCGUUACGCUUCUCAGGCGCGCGAUUAUCUCGGAAAGUACGUACAAAAGGAAAGGCAAAAUAGACGGCGGAAAACUGCCGAUCAUUCCGUUCGAUCGAUCGUUGCGAUAGGGAGGCUUCCUCUUCACGGCUGGAAUGCGUAAGGAGCAGAGAAGGCAAAGGGAUGUAUAAUUAUAUACGUGUAAAAAGUGUGUAUACUCCGCGUACACAUAGGUACGUACGUAAUGUACAGCUUAAAUCGGCGAUUCUGGUCAGUCGGUCCUUGGCCGCUCAUAAAACGAACGUAUGCGCUUCGGGUAUGCGCUCGCGUGCACCUCUGCUUUAAUCCUUGCGUGUGUUUUCUCUAUUGACGUACUGGAAAAAAUCAGCGCGAUGAGCGACGGCGCCAGGUUACGGGCGCCUCGCGCGCAGGUAGAAAUUAUCUGCGUAGCAGAUACGCAGAAACGGAGCGCCGAACGGACGAUACAGAUCUAAACUCGCAUUUCGCGUAAAUUUCAGAAAGGAAAAGAGUGUAGGCAUAUUUAAUUGGAUUGCAUUUUCCGUUCUUCGUAAUCGUGAUUGAAGAAAAUAGCAUGAGCUAUUUUAUAUUAGUUGACUUCUAAUUAACAAUUGUUAAUUAGCAAUUUUUAACCGUCAAUGAUUAUGAAAUACUUGCAGUCGUUUAAAAAUUGUCGUACUUACACAAUUCCGCAUGUUUUAAAUCUGUAUUAUUCUCGGCGCUUCUCGAAUACAAAUAUUAUGCUUAUAAUUAAUUGAAUAAAAACUAUAAAGAGUAACGUAAGCGUAGCGUGUUUGACUAUUAAAAUCAGAAAUGUAGGAAUAUCGAGAUGAUAAAUUAUACAAUAUAAUAUGCUAAGGAUUAACGCAGCAAACGACUACCUCCUAAUAUAAUGUACAUCUCGUUAUUGUUAAAACAGAGUUCAUUAUCGACAAUUUGAUUCGAGGCUUUGCAAAAUGGUGAAUCAUUAAUUGCUGUGCAUCGAGAAAUUAAUUACUUAUCGCGAUGCCGAUGACUGUUUUGACAAUAAUUCGCGAUGUACGAGUGAAAUUCGAGUAUGCUCCAAUUAAAUUAGCGAUAUAUUUUUAUGUAUGUAAGAAUGACGUAUUUCUCAAACGCAAAGACGUUCGUUUUGAGCAGCCCGAAACAUCCUCGUUCCUUUCGACACAGUUUGUAUUCGAUUUGCGCUAUUAACAGAUUCUUGAACCCUUAUUAUGUAAUUAAAAUUGCAUAAGUGAGAAUUUCAAUAUUUAAACAUUAAAUAAAUUUGUAAAAUAUAUCUUUUUAAUUAGUGUUCAAAAUUUUAGUAAAUUCCAAAAUGUAUUGAUUGUUAAAUUAAAUUAUUUAAUUUUAAAUUUUCUCUAAUUGUUAUUGGGAAUAGUUUAAUAACGCAAAUCAAAAUGUAUGUGAACCACAUUUAUUUGCUCCAAUAUUAAGAAUUGAUGAAUUUUACACAAAAAAGUCGAUAAUGUACACAUACAUGGUUGUCACAUUCGAAACAUUUUUCUUGGAUCUCGGUUGACCUCUUAGGCACUACCGUCCGUGUGUUACACUUGCGCAUAAAGUACUAUUGAUAAAUAAAUAAAUAAAUAAAUAAAUAUAUAUAUAUAUAUAUAAACAUAUAUAUGUAAAUAUUUGUAAUAAAUAUUAUAACUGGCAGAAGUCUCCAGUGAUGCAGAAAGAAAAAAAAUGACGAGGAGAUUAAAAAGAGAGGUCGACGAGAUCGAAAGCAAAGACACAUAUAAUACAUAACGUAUUUUUAGACGAUUUGACGACAAAAUGGAAGUAAGAUAAAACAAAAGUAACGUUUACUAUUAUUAUUAUUAUUAUUAUUAUUAUUAUUAUUAUUAUUAUUAUUAUUAUUAUUAUUAUUAUUAUUAUUAUUAUUAUCAUUAUCAUUGUUGUAUUGUGAUUAUCGCGUUGGUGUUCUAGAGCGGUACACGCUAUCAUACAUACAAAAAGAAAAGAAAGAAAAGCAGAUGAAGAAUUAUUAAGAAAAGCUGUAUUUUAAUAUGAUAUAUUUUACAUACGUAAAACAAUAUGCUCAUCGAUAUCUGAGUGCUUUUUAGAGUUUCGCGCAUUUUUUAAAAUAAUGUCGAAGUAUGUAUGUAAGAAGGAAAAUAUUUAAGUAGUAAUGCAUAUCUGUUUUUCUUUGUGAACAAAUUUCUUGCAUCUAAUAUGAGAAGAAAAGAUGUGCAUCUACCGAGCAAUAAAACAAUUUGAAAAUUAAUCGAUUUCAAGUGAUGGGAAAAUUGUUUUAUGUGAAAAAAAAGUUUCUCGAUCUUUCUUCGAUCUAUCGACAAUAUCAGAUAAUUAUUUUAAAUUAUUGGAACAAUAAUCCAAAGAGAAAAAAAAAUUUUCAAUGUUUAAACAACUUUCUCAAAUGGAAAGGGCUAUUAAAUAUGUCUAAUUUUUAAAUAAUCAGAUUUUAGACAAUUAUUCGAUGCAAUCAUCAAUUUUAUAUACAAUAAGUCAACUAUAUACAUGCGAAUUGGCGAUUCUAUUUUCUCUUUACAUGAUCGGCUUUCUCUCUCGUCGAUGCUUAUUAACCCUUAAAUGCAAGCAGUGACAUUAAUAAUAUGUUAUCUAGAUAUGAUUUAAUAUGUUAUUAUAGACUGUUUGUCUCGCAGAGUAUUUGUCUCGUGAGAGUUUUUGCAUUGUUUUCCCAUCUGCAUAUUAAACGUUUACACGUUUACACAUAAAUCUGUUCUGCACAAUUUUCUGAAAUUAAUAUUUUAUCUGCGCGAGCGGUUUGUAUUUAAGGGUUACUUCGUAAGCGUGCGAUUUAACAUGAAAAACGAGAAAUAUAUUUUUGGAGAAUUUUCUGUUUUUGGGACUGUUAUGUGUACAUUUUUCCAUUGAAUCUUCUCGAGUAUCGGAUGUUGAUUAAGUGAUCUGACGUGAGAAUGAUGAAAAUCAACAUGUAACAUAAUACAUAAUGUUAUUUUAUAAAAAAAUACUUAUUGAUCUACAUGUACCAAUCUCUAUUUGCAAUAAUCUCGAUUAAUACAGGACAGAACUUUAACGUUUCGUUUGAAAUCUGACUUCAAAAUGUCUCAAAUGCGUCUCUUUGUGCAUUUAUUGCAAACUCCAAUUUCUUCUUCAAAGCGCGAAGAUAUGUAAUCUUACUUAUCAGCCGGUGCGAGCAAGCAGCAAAACUGCUUUAGUAUGAUUAGUAAAGCACGAUGAGUGUAGUUCGUAAAACAAUUUGAUUCGAAUGAAUAAUCAAUAUUUUGCGAUACUUACAGCGGGAGGAAUGUGUGCGUAUAACCCAAUUGAUAAAAGCUGCAUCUUGCACUGAGAGAAAAGGAGUUUUUCGACGCGAUUAAAUUUAUGAUUAAAUUAAUUUGAAAAAUUUAAUCAAGUUAGCAACUUUUUUCCUCGGUGUGAGAAACUCCAAAAUUCGUAUCUCUUUGUAAAAUUAAGAUUGUAUAUCAGAAUUUUGUCUACUUCAUAUUCCUUCAGCCGCAUGUUGUCAAACGAUAUUGAUUAGUCUCGACUAAUGCCACAGGCAUAUAUAAAUUCGAUAUAUACUGUACAGAAUAAUCAUUCGGGUACGCGACCGUGGAGAUUGUAUACGGACGAUCGCGUAUGUUACAUUACCUUCGUGCGGUGCUGCUGACCGAGAAUCGUAUUUUUGUAUCCGCGGAAAAAAAUCAAUAAUCUAUAUUUUAAACGAACACUGUGCACACAGCACGGCACGGCGAUAUACGGGAUUUACUGUCCGACUGUAAUCUGCAUCUGCAAUUAAUUUGCAGGCUCAGUUGUAUUCAAUGUUAAACGUUGCGAAUACUCUCGAAUGUAUCUGCGAGUUGUAACGCCUGUAUAGAAACUCUUCUCGAUGAUCAAAAUCAAGCUCUUGAGAUAAAAAAGGAAGCGUUAAGAGAUCACACUAAUUAAUGAUAAUUCAUAAAAUUUAAGCGAUUACCGUUAAUAUCUAUAUACGUAUACCUUAUCGUAACUCAUCGCCGUUCGAUCAAUCGAACAAAUAUUUUUCAAAUCACGUAGAUCGUAGAACGUGUACAAUCUAUGCCGGAAUCAACGGUAAUCAACCGCGUGUACAAAAUAUAAUAUUAAUGCGGUUUCCCUCUUCCCUCUGUUGAUCAAAUAUUUUCAAUCUCGAUAACGAUUUCCACUGCCGUUCGCCGGUAAGCGAUGACGGCUUGCUCAUUGUGACGAUUCCUUUUGAAGGAAACGCAGAGAACUGAGAUGCAAGCGUGUAAGUAGAUAUCUUUCCGGAAGUUUUUCUGUCUUAAUCUUUUUAAACCGUUAAUGAAGAAUUAAAAUUAAUGAAUUACUGUCUUUGAUAUCGACUAGUUUGCGAAGAAAUUGUGAGAAAUGGAAACACGCGUUCUUAUGUUAUAACUUCUUCGAGAACUUCUUAAUCGGUAUAGAAAAUUAUUUAUUAAUUUUUCUUUGAUUAGUAGUUAUUUUUUAUAGACUAUAUGAUUCUACAAUCAUCUAAUAUGCAAACUUAUUUUGAUAAAGAACUUUUCGUACGAAAUAUAUUUUUUGUCUAUCUAUAAUUGGCGGUAAAAUUAAAAGAUUACUAAAUUUUUGCCGAAAAAUGGUCGAUUUAUAAAGUUUUAUAACUUUGUUGCAUUCAAAUACAACAGAACGAAAAAAAUCACAGAUUAAUUUUCAAUAAGCCGUUUUACAACGUUAAUCUUUAACUUUAUACUAACUUGAGUUGUGUAAACUUUUUUUUACAACUCUGUAGAUGUAUUGACAAUUUUUAUGAUGUAAAUCUUUCUUCUCAAUUUUUUACCUUGCUUCUUAAUGUGAAAGCUUUUUUUUUUUAAGAAAAUCAACUUAAGGAUCUAAAAAGAAAGAUUUUACUCUUUAAAAUAAUUCUGAGGAGAUUGUGCGAUCUUUUCCCGCAAAGUUUUAACAAUUCAAAGAUCGACAUUAUUUUUACAGACAUUUAGUGACGUUUAAUUUUAAUGCCAAGUGUUUUAAUUAUUUAUUCUUAUCACUAUUUUUGACACGAUUUAAUAUCGUUCCUUUUUAAUCGUUCCUUUUUAAAUUAUUUUUUAUUCGCAUGAUUAUUUUAUUUACAUCUAUAGUCUAAAUUGUAUUGGAAUUUAAAAUUUUUAAGAAAUAUGCAAAAGAUGCAGGUAUACUUACGUGCUUGCCUCUCGUAUUCCGCGACGUAGAUACGUAUGAUACAUUUGUAGAUAUAGACAAGUACAAUAAUUGCCAAAAUAAUUCGAGACCGAGUCUCGAUCUUCAGUCUUUCCGCCGAUCCAACCAGUGGCAAAUGAUUCGCGAUCACUUCCUACUUACUUGGCCUUCGUCUGCACUCGGAUAGCGCAAACGAAUUUCCGUUACAACUAGUUUCAAUUAAUCAAUGUGAUUAGCGAUUAGUAGUUAAAUAGUUAGUAUCUUUAGACCGCGAAUUAUUUGCCGAUCACCGUCGUGCAAUUAGGCGACGUAAAACCGCGACGAUCCGCGAUACACGAAGACUGUUCUGAAACUGAUAACUGCCGACAGACUUUAAAAGAUACAUCAGAUGCACUCCGAAACUGCCUAUCGACACUGCCCGACGAAACUCGCUGUUCGUCCACUGCCACGUAGAACCACACGCAAAACGCGUUUACCUUCGUCGACGAGAUAUUCGAAGUUUUGUUUCGAUUAUCGAUCAUUGAAAGGAGAACAUAUCUUUCCAUUUUCUACAUCCGUGAUAUGCAUUUAAGAUUCUCUAUACACGCAUACGUACACUAUAUUUCCUUCGUCGCGGUUUUUACGAGCUCGACGGUGAUUUCGCAUAAUAUUUUUCGGCGGGGCGCUCUGUAAUCUAAACAGAAUCGAUCAUUGGCGAAUACGUGGGAUAUACUGUAAUACUAUAUUUUAGUGAGCGAGUGAAUGAGCGAGUGCGCGCGAGAAGGAGAAGAUUUAUCUGUAAAUCCGUAGCCCCCGCGACCCGUCACGGUUUUACCUAAUUAAUCAAUGUAGAAUCCUUCAAGGAAUUAUAAUUGCUAGUCUCAAAUUAUGCGACAUGCGCUCGUAAUCUCUCGCCCUGUCGUCGACGCGAAUGUAUACGCGCGCAUAUCGCGAGUGCGAGAAGCGAGUAUGCGAAUUAGAUGGACAGACACUUGUGAGGCGGGGUGUACAAUGAGUGUGAAGUAUAAAUUGCCAUUUUUUUUUUAUGUAGAUAAUAUUGUAAUUACGAUUAUGUAUAAUUCAUAAUUAUUAUUAUUUCUAUUAUAACUAUUAUACUGAUAUUAUUACCGCUACUGUAAACUAUUGAUUAGAUAUUUGAAGCUUAUUGUAAUAAUAGUAAUUAUAAUUAAUUAUCAAUUACGGCUAACUUUUAGAACUCUAUUAUACGUAAUAGCAAAUUAUUAUUGUAAUAAUUGCGGCUUUGAUUUUUAUACAUGGGAGGGAGGAAGGCACACAACACACACGAUCACUCUUCAAGAGACGUAAUUGUAUUUUGGUAUAGAGCAUUAUAUUGCUAUAUUGUGUGUAAGUGUGGCAAGAAUAAUUCUACGUGUCCGGUCUGUACGAAAUCCGGAAGAACGAAUUUUUAUCCCCGCGACUCCCGUUGUGAGCUCGCGAUUCGUUUCUUUUUUUUUUUCUGUUCUUCCCCGCCGUUUUUGUUUCCUGGCAGAAAAGAAAACCGAACAUGUGCGUAGAAAAGCGAGCUCGUAUUUAAGACGGACCUUUUUACGGGGAUUACUUUCCCACGGGGAAAAUUUACACACCGAAAAUUGUAACGUGAGAAAUUUGAACAGCAACAGCACAGUUUGAGAUAGCUCGCGUAAGCUGUCUUCGGCGAAAAAAAAAAACGGACAUAAUUACGGAUGUAAUCCUUAAGUUAACGAACACUUUUUUUUAACAGGCCAGUAGCAAGAGCUUUCGAAUUGUAAUCGUAAUCACGUGGCAAUCGUCUUCUUUGAUAUGAAAUUUUUCGCAACCUAUACCUGAAUUCUCGAACCGACGUGCAAACUGUAUGAAUACUGUUUUCAUUUGAAUUGCAAACUCGACCCUUCUUCGGGACGCCGCAUUACGUCCCCGAUUAAGGCUGUAAAUAGGAAGUACCAGACGCGUUCGUUGAGCCACGAACUCGAGGUUCCCAGUAACUUCCGACAUUUAAGUGCCUAAAGACUCAGAUACACGUCUAUUCUCUUCGUUGUCUAGUUUCUACAGUUGGAUAAGGUACUGCUUUGUCAAAAUGACAACGGCGAAAAUUAGCGCUUGUCUCUGUCGCGUAGUUGAAUCUUGUGUUCGCGUCCCGCGUCGCGGAAUUAUCCGUUCAAAAUAUUGUAUAAUGGGCAUUUCACAAAAGUAUCAAGAUAAAUUGCACUCUUCUCGAUAUUCUAGUUGAGUAGGCUGUACAAACGAGAGUAAUUUUUUUCGUAUUGCAUUCUUCGCAAUAUCUACGGUACCUGUGAAAAUAUUGCAAUAGUGUAACUUAAAAAGAUUGCACAGUUUUUGCUAGCUUUUUGCGCACCUGUGUUUCUUAUAUAUUGUUAAAUUAUAACUUUAGGUCGUUUUAAAUUUCCAUGAGUUGCUAAUUGAACGUUAAUUAUGUAUAUAGCAUAGAAUAAUGUACAAAUUAUUAACCCUCUAAAUGCUUUCCGAAAUGGUCAAAAUCAUUUUACAGGAUGCGCAUCGUUUACUUGGUGUUAUUUGAGGAUCAUUGAUUCAGUAGAGAUCAUUCUUCGUUCCGUAUUUGUUAGACCAUGCAAAACAAAUAAUCAAAAAAAAAAAAGGGUCCCAAGUUGCUCGACACCCUCCGUCGGGAGGAUUAUGAUGCGCCGAACAUUGCAAGACCAAGAGGAGGUGCAAUAAGUAAUGAAACGAACAAAAUAGAAAGAAAAUCUAUACGCAUGUCUCUAUUGAAGCUUAUAGGGUGUAUACGUUAAGAAUUAUUGGCAGCGCUUUAUCCAACUUCGCUAGUUCUUACAUCGCAAAGGACGAGAGACUGUCGCUCGACACCCUCAACAGAUCUCAGCACUCCGGCGAAACGAACAAGGAUCAUUUAUUUUUUAAUUGAACUCGCAGAAGGGCCAGCUCGUUUCCAUGGAGUGCGCCUAACGAAUAAAUAAUUAUAUAUUAUAAAUAAAUAAAUAUAAAUGCAUAUAUAUAUAUAUAAAUAAAUAUAUAUGUAUACAGAUGCGCGUGCGUGUACAUACAUAUGUAAAUUUAAGUGUGGGAACCUUGAGGCGCGUGGGACAACGAAAACAGAAAAAUCCUCGAAAGUGGAAGCGCCGGAACGUCGUCAGUCGAUGUUUUUGUUUUUGAGGAUGCAAGAGUCAAUUUUUCGAUUGCGUAAACGAAACCCCUGCAUCACUGUAACAUACCUCUAUAGCACGUCUCAUAGUUUAAAUUAGCCCUCGGGUUAUCGGUCGUUUAAAUUUUUUCUCAGACACGAGAGGAAACGGUACCUUCGAAUAUAUUUAUUUUUCUGAAAAACUAGAAAAUCUCGAGGGAUUGAAAGGAGGACGUAACUAAAAAGGAGUAGACGAGAAGAGGAAGGGAGAAUAAUGCACAUUGUGAGCGGUGUUUGGUAAUCCGAGGGUUAAGACUGAUUCUACAAACACGUUAUAAAAAAUGCUGGACCGAGCAUAUUUUAUAAUUAUACUGUCAUUAUUAUUGUUUGUAAUUAUACGAUUACUAUUGAAUUUGUUUUUAAUAAACGGCAAGUGCCAUGAUUACAUAUA